CGCCCUUCCGCCGAGCCCCGGGAGGCGGAGCCGGGCGGCGGCGGCGGCGGCGCGGGGCAGCAGGUUGCCAGGCAGGAUCUGACUGCCGAGGACCCUCACUCUGCUGAGGGCAGGGCCCGCUGCCUCCACCAUGGCCCGAUGGCUGCCCCGCUCCACCGACCUGACCCGCUUCUGCCAGAAGCUCAACCGGACGAAGACCCUGGAGGACGACAUGAUGGAGACAUCCCUGAACAGAUGCCUCUCCACCAUUGACUUGACGCUGCUGGGCAUCGGGGGCAUGGUGGGCUCCGGGCUGUACGUCCUCACAGGCACUGUGGCCAAGGAGAUCGCUGGCCCCGCCAUCAUCAUCUCCUUCAUCAUCGCCGGCUUUGCCUCGCUCCUGGCUGCUCUCUGCUACGCCGAGUUUGGAGCCCGCGUGCCCAAGACGGGCUCUGCCUACAUGUUCACCUACGUGUCCGUGGGUGAGAUCUGGGCUUUCCUCAUUGGCUGGAACGUGCUGCUGGAGUACAUGAUCGGGGGCGCCGCCGUGGCCAGGGCCUGGAGUGGCUACCUGGACUCCAUCUUCAACCACAAGAUCAAGAACUUCACUGAGACCCAUGUGGGUGCCUGGCAGGUGCCAUUCCUGGCCCGCUAUCCAGACUUCCUGGCAGCUGCCAUCCUGCUGGUAGCCACAGCCUUCAUCUCCUUUGGGGCCAAAGUGUCCUCCUGGCUCAACCACAUCUUCUCAGCCAUCAGCAUGGGCGUCAUCCUCUUCAUCCUCAUCAUGGGCUUUGUCCUCGCGCAGCCCAAGAACUGGAGCGCCCAGGAGGGUGGCUUUGCCCCAUAUGGGCUGUCAGGCAUCAUGGCUGGCACGGCCACCUGCUUCUACGCCUUUGUGGGCUUUGAUGUCAUCGCAGCCUCCAGCGAAGAGGCCAGGAACCCGCAGAGGGCUGUCCCCAGGGCCAUUGCUUUCUCCUUGGGGCUGGCCACCGGUGCCUACAUCCUGGUGUCAGUUGUGCUGACGCUGAUGGUGCCCUGGCACACGCUGGACCCUGACUCUGCCCUGGCUGACGCAUUCUACAGGAGGGGCUACGCCUGGGCAGGGUUUCUGGUGGCUGCUGGCUCCAUCUGUGCAAUGAACACAGUUCUGUUGAGCAACCUCUUCUCCCUGCCACGCAUCGUCUACGCCAUGGCCGAGGACGGGCUCUUCUUUCAGGUCUUCUCCCGAGUGCACCCCCGCACACAGGUGCCUGUGGUUGGCAUUGUGGUCUUUGGGCUGCUCAUGGCCCUGCUGGCCCUCGUCUUUGACCUGGAGGCCCUGGUGCAGUUCCUGUCCAUCGGCACUCUGCUGGCCUACACCUUCGUGGCCGCCAGCAUCAUCGUCCUGCGCUUCCAGCAGCAGCAGGGGGACGCGCCCGCCCCAGCGGCCAGCCGGCCCAGCCCUGAGCCCCACGCGGGCCCGUCCGGGGCUGAGCUGAAGGAGUACGAGUCCUUCUCCGACAAGCUGCAGCUGGUGGACAGGGACAAGAGCAAGGAGCAGCGGGAGCCGGGGCAGCUGAAGGCAGCUUUUGAGCCCUACCUGGAGUUCCUCAGCGACUUCUACCCGGGGGAGGUGGUCACAGUGGCUGUGGUGACCUUGAUGGUGUCUGCCAUCUGCCUCUGCUCCAUCUUAGUGUUUGGCAACACCCACCUCCACCUGCCUACCUGGAGCUACUCCCUGCUGCUGGUCCUCUUCAGUCUGGGCUUCCUGCUCAGCCUCCUCCUCAUCUGGGCGCAUGAGCAGCAGCACAGCACCCAGACCUUCCAGAUCCCCCUGGUCCCCCUGUCCCCAGCACUGAGCAUCAUCCUCAACAUCUACCUGAUGCUGAAGCUCAGUUACAUGACGUGGCUCCGCUUCGCCGUCUGGCUGCUCUUGGGCUUGCUCGUCUACUUCGGCUAUGGCAUCUGGCACAGCAAGGAGAACCUGCGGGAGCCGCGGCCCCAGCGCGUCAGCGCCCGCUACGUGGUGUUCCCGGGGGGCAGCCUGGAGGAGAGGGUGCAGGCAGUCCAGCCCAGCUGCCAGCCUGCCACCGGGCUGCCAGACACCGGCACCGAGGACUGCAAGAGAUGACAGCCCUGGCAGCGGGGGCGCCUGGAGACGGGAGCGUCGGAAUCUCCUCCCGCAGUGAGGCCAGAGACCCACCCCCCUCCUCCUGUUCCCUCUGACAGUAGAGCCACCGGGGCUGCCCCAGGUGUGGGGCUGCACCUGGAGAGGAUGAGGAUGCUCACCCUUCCCCACACGCUUCUGACAGACUGUGGAGGGACCGGCUGCCUCCCUCCCCGUGCCCUGCACUUGAGAGCUGGGUCUCAGCCCAGUGCCUGCCCUGCUCAUGAGGAGUUGUGUCCUUGUUCAACUCUCCCCGAGCACGCCCUGGCCCUUUGCAGUACAUCUCCCGUCUGCCAGCACAUCCGUGCAGCUGGGCGUGCAGAGGCUCCCCAGGCACCAGGACAGGCAGCCCAGUGCUGCCCGUGCUGACUCUCAUCCUGAGGGCAGCCCCCUGCCUCCCGCAGAGUCCCCUUUGGAAGGAGGCAGGGCCAGUCAUGCACCCCACAGGCUCCCCUGCCAUCCCCAUGCCCAGGACUGCUCUCCUCAAAGGCUGGGGCUGAGGGAGCUGAGGGGCAGCUGGAGACACGGCAUGGAGAAGGGACAUGGCCAGAGUGGGUGGCUGGGAAGGCACCCCAGGAAAGCCAGUGGAGGCUGGCACAGCAAAAGCCCAGCUCCAUCUUCCCAGCCCCUGGGACUGGCUGGCUGAGGGGCGGAUUGGGGGCUGUGCCCACAGGAAGAUAAUGCCAUGGCCAGGCCCUUGCCCCAGUCCUGAGCAGGGUAUGGGUGCUCAGGACCCCAGGUACAUUGCCUUGUCCCUGGAGGUCCCCAGUGGCAUCCCCGGGCUGGUCUGCCUGGAGUCAGCUCCCUACUUCUCCUGCACCCCAGCAGCACCACCUGCUCCACCAUGGGGACUCCAUCCCCCGUGAUGCCCCUUCCAGGCUCUCUGGGGCUUGGGACAGGCUCAGCAGGUGCUUUUUCAGUUUUGCCCCCUCCCCAGCAAUCAUCCCCGUGCUCUGUGGUCACCCCAGCUGCAAGAAUGUCCUGGGGGGGGUCCCCAGCAGCAUUGCUGCAGCCACCCCUGGCUGUUUUGCCCACGAGCCCCUGGUCAGUCAAGAGGCUGCCAACUUGACAGGCCUCGCAGCAUGGACACACUGCUCCAUCCUCUCCUCUGCGUGCUGCGAGGAGCUGGGCACUGUGGGCAAGCUGUUCCAUUACUUCUUGCUGGCCAGUCCCUGGGGGAGCCUGGAGAGGCUGUGGGGACCCUCAGCAGGACCUGCUGGCUCUGGUGAGCCCCUGUGUGUGCCAGCACUGUUCCGUGUCCCCCCUUGUCCCCGCGCUGCCGCCAUGGCUGUGGACACACUGGCGCCGUGGCCCUGCUUGGCACCUCCGUGUUGUGGCUUGUGAGCAACGGGCUGAUCUGGUCAUCCCCAUAAACACUUUUUUCUGCCGUGGCUCUGACUGGUUGUGAUCUCUGUGCCGCCAGGACUCAAGGUGGAAAGCCCCCCCGAAGGGGAGGGUGCCCACUGCCACCCUGCUGCCACCAGCGUUCCAGUGACGAGGACAAGCUC